AUCCCACGCAGAUCUCGCGGCCUGAGGCUUGGUUGUAGGUGGUACCCGCGACCGGGAGAGCGAACUGGGGGGGGGGGUCCCCGGAGACCUCGCGAGAGGGGCACGGGCGAGGCUCAGCGCGACAGCCGUUGUGAACGCAGUGGCCGCGAGCCAAGCCUGUACUGCACGGAACACGCGGGUGCGACCUGCGCCUUUCCCCGGGCCGAGGCCACGCGCAGCCUCGGGACGAGCCGCAACCCCACGCAGUGAAUCCGAAGGCAAGCCUUCUGGACCCGGCGCUCCGUAGGCCACGCCUGGGCCUGAGAAGAUGGAGGGAGACCAGCGGUCCGGCCCACCCGCCCAGGGCCUGCUCCCCGAUGGUCACUUGGUCCUGUGGACGCUGUGCUCCGUGCUGUUGCCGGUGUUCAUCACCUUAUGGUGUAGUCUGCAGCGUUCGCGCCGGCAGCUGCACCGCAGGGACAUCUUCCGCAAGAGCAAGCAUUGCUGGCGUGACACGGACCUGUUCAGCCACCCCACCUACUGCUGCGUGUGCGCGCAGCACAUCCUGCAAGGAGCCUUCUGCGACUGCUGUGGGCUCCGCGUGGACGAGGGCUGCCUCAAGAAGGUCGACAAGCGCUUCCCGUGCAAGGAGAUCAUGCUCAAGAACGACAAGGCCGCAGAUGCCAUGCCCCACCACUGGAUCCGCGGCAACGUCCCCCUGUGCUCUUACUGUGUAAUCUGCAGGCAGCAGUGUGGCAGCCAGCCUAAACUGUGCGAUUACAGGUGCAUUUGGUGCCAGAAGACCGUCCACGAUGAGUGUAUGCGAAGCAGCUUAAAGAGCGAAAAGUGUGACUUUGGAGAAUUCAGAAAUCUCAUCAUCCCGCCAAGCUAUUUAACUUCUAUUAACCAGAUGCGUAAAGACAAAAACACAAAUUAUGAAGUGCUUGCUUCUAAGUUUGGAAAGCAGUGGACCCCAUUAAUAAUCCUGGCCAACUCUCGUAGUGGAACUAACAUGGGAGAAGGUCUGUUGGGAGAGUUUAAGAUCCUGUUAAAUCCAGUCCAGGUGUUUGAUGUAACUAAAACUCCCCCGAUCAAAGCUCUGCAGCUGUGCACUCUUCUUCCUUAUUACUCGGUUCGAGUCCUUGUUUGUGGAGGGGACGGGACUGUGGGCUGGGUCCUCGAUGCGAUUGAUGAAAUGAAGAUUAAGGGACAAGAAAAGUACAUUCCAGAGGUUGCAGUCUUACCUCUGGGAACAGGCAACGAUCUGUCCAAUACUCUGGGUUGGGGUACAGGCUAUGCUGGAGAAAUUCCAGUUGCACAGGUCUUAAGAAAUGUAAUGGAAGCAGACGGAAUCAAACUAGACAGAUGGAAAGUUCAGGUAACAAAUAAAGGAUACUACAAUUUAAGAAAACCCAAGGAGUUCACAAUGAACAACUACUUCUCUGUUGGACCUGAUGCCCUCAUGGCUCUCAAUUUUCAUGCUCAUCGUGAGAAGGCACCAUCUCUGUUUUCCAGUCGAAUCCUUAACAAGGCUGUUUAUUUAUUCUAUGGAACUAAAGAUUGUUUAGUGCAAGAGUGUAAAGAUUUGAAUAAAAAAAUUGAGCUAGAACUGGAUGGUGAGCGAGUCGAACUGCCUAAUUUGGAGGGUAUAAUUGUUCUGAACAUUGGAUACUGGGGCGGUGGCUGCAGACUGUGGGAAGGAAUGGGAGAUGAGACUUAUCCUUUAGCCAGACAUGAUGAUGGCUUACUGGAAAUCGUUGGAGUAUAUGGGUCUUUCCACUGUGCUCAAAUCCAGGUGAAACUGGCAAAUCCUUUUCGAAUAGGACAAGCGCACACAGUGCGGCUGACUUUGAAGUGCUCCAUGAUGCCAAUGCAGGUGGAUGGGGAGCCGUGGGCCCAAGGGCCCUGUACUGUCACCAUAACGCACAAGACACACGCACUGAUGCUGUACUUCUCUGGAGAGCAGUCGGAUGACGACAUCUCAAGCCCUUCGGAUCAUGAGGACGUAAAGGAAGCCGAGUAGGACGAGAUGAAGCAGCACCUGUGACAUGUCGUCCACAGGAUGCACCAUUGGCACCACAGCCGCCAUUUCACUCCUAGUAUUGUGUGUGUGAGCCACCUAACCAGCGUUUCCACAGCUAGACUUCAGUGUCACAGACACAGGCUCUUCUGUCAGCCACACGCUCUGAUCUUUUGUCACUAAUUGG